AUGUUUAGUCUUAUUCGGUCUCUUAAUAAAUCGAUUUGUAAAGCAAUUACACAAGCUUUUGUUAAAAUCUAUUUUGAUGUUGUACCAACUGUUUCUUCACCACAUAUUUCACUUCAUCAAGUUCGUGCAAUAAUUCGUGCACUUAAAGGUGGAAUGUUUUCUGAAGAAUUAUGUUUUGAAGAAAUUUUUAAACAAUUAAUAGAAGGAAAAAAAAUAGCAACUGAACCUGUAACUAAAGCUUUGUGGAAAUUUUAUAAAGCACCAUCAAAUGAUAAUACAGAUGUUAUUGCUGAUAAAAUUCUUUCAUUUAUUAUUGAAAAUGGUAUUAAACCAAAACAAUUUCAUUUAUCAAAAACUCAUCGCUUAUUUGAAAUACUUGCUAAUAUUAUUAUUUCAACGUUUCAUGAUGUAUUUUCAUCGACAAUGGAUACCAAUGAUGGAAUCGGUGCUAAACUUGGUGGUUUGUUUAAAAUUGCAACAUCAUCUCGAUCACAACCUUUAUCUAUUGAAUCAAUGUAUUCUCAAAAUGCUGGUAAUGAUAAUAAUCAAUAUCAAUUAUCACAACAUCAUUUUCAAACAAAUGCAAAUUCAGCAUUAAUGUUAGUUCAAUUUUUCAAUUGUGUUAGCACUAUAUGUAUAGAACGAAAGGAUAAGCAGUGUCACUGA